AAACCAAAGUUCUAAUUGCAUAAUUGGUUAAAAAUCAAAUUCACGUCCAUGAAGUCAAUCAGUUGUGAAGCUUUUUUAUGUGAAACACAGCCACCAGUAUACAAGUUAAAGGAGGAAAAAAGAUAGACGUCAAAUCCCCUCGUCUCCCUCCACAGUUGAAAUGGAGAUGAAAAACUUGCAAGUUGCCUUCUAUCCUUUCCUUCUCACCUUUGUCUUCUUCAUAGUCGUGGUCUUGAGGAUUUCUAGAAAAUCAGGAGACUCCUCAAAGUCUUCCUCAUCACUGCCUGAGGGACUUGGCCAAGAGAUAUGGUCCUGUAAUGCACCUGCAACUCGGAGAAGUCCCAACCUCCGUCUUCUCCUCACUAGAAACUGCUAGAGAUGUGCUCAAGACUCAUGACCUCAUUUUCGCUAGCUGGCCCCGUCUCCAUUCUCUCAAGUUACUGACUUACAAUUAUUCGGACCUUAGACUUGCACCAUAUGGAGACUACUAGCAACAACUGAAAAAAAUAUGCACAACCGAGCUGCUGAGUCCCAUGCGCACAUUUCGAUCAUUCAGACCAGUGAGGGAAGAAGAGGACUUACCGUCAUUUCAAGGGCUGCCCUCGGUGGAAAGUCCAAGCACCAUGAAGAAUUAAUUCAGGAAGCUUGGUCCGGACAUUGUGGAAUUAUUUGCAGGCUUGAGUCUCGUUGGUCUCUUCCCUUCCAUGAAGUUACUUCAUCUUAUCCAUGCAAUAAUGAGUCCUAAAUCCAAGAAUCUGCAUCACAAAGCAGACGGAAUCCUUGAAAACAUCAUCAUGGAACACAAAGCUAAGAGAGCUAGCAGAUGGAUUGAAAUAGAUGAUCUUGUGUAUGUGCUUUUGGAUCUUCAAGAGCAUGGAAAACUUGAAAUGCCCUUUAAAACAGACAACAUCAAAGCUGUUAUAAUGGAUAUAUUCAUGGGUGGUGACGAGACAUCAACCGUCAUUGUGGAAUGGGCAAUGUCAGAAAUGCUAAAAAAUCUGAGAGUAGUGGAAAAGGCACAGCCUGAGGUGAGGCGUGUCUUUCCCAGAGAAGGUAGUGCCGAUGAAGCAGGCAUAAGGGAGCUGAAGUACUUAAAUCUAGUAAUCAAAGAAACCUUGAGAUUACACCCUGCUGAAGAGAAAGCAGAGGGAGCUGAGAAGUUCUUACCUGAGAGAUUUUUGGACAGCACAGCUGAUUAUAAAGGUAGUGGCUUUGAAUUUAUACCAUUUGGUGCUGGUAGAAGGAUGUGUGUUCGCAUUUCUUCUGCUCCUGCCAUUAUUGAGCCUGAACCUGCGAAUCUGCUUUACCAUUUUGAUUGGAAACUCCCCGAGGGACAGAAUCCUGAAAAUUUCGAUAUGACUGAAGAUUUCAGAGGUGUAGCAAGAAGAAAACAUGAUCUUUGGUUAGUCCCCAUUCCUUAGUAUCCAAUGAAUUCUUAGUGAAACUACUCUUAAUUUGUAGCAUCAAAACAUGUACUUAGUUUCAUCAUCUAGCAUGUAUAAGGUCUUCUGUAUAUCAAUAUAUCAAUCUCAAUAUAUAUUUUCUCUAAUCACUUUGAAGUUAUGUUUGCCUUGUUUACAGCUUUGAUUGUAUUUGUCUGAAGUGAUACAAAUGAACAAUAAAAACUGUCACUUUUA